ACGAAUAAAAACGUUCCUCUUAGCGCUUGUUUUGUGCAGCGCUGUGACCGAAAUAUCGUGCUCGAUAGGAUACGAGAUACUUGGGGCCUCGUUAGAUAUUAUGAACUCAUACUUGAAGAAUGUAACCCAAGUUUUAUCGGAACUCCAUCAAACAUAUCAAAAUGAUAUGGGGGAACUUCGGCGGAAGGUGGAAAAUACCGAACAAAUGGUUGGAAACAUCGAGAAAAGAAUCCAAAGCAUAGAUUUUAUUGAGAGGGGUAAAAGUGUUUCUUAUGAUCUUUCUUCUUCAACCAAUAGAGAUAUCAGAACAGAGCCACAAUACGAAAAUAUCAAAAGAAAAGAAACCCUACGAACGUGCUUUGAUGUUAGGAAUUCACCAUCCGGAAUAUAUCAACUACAGCCGCAAAACGUUGCUCCGAAAUCGUUCAAAGCUUUAUGUGACAACGAUUAUUCGGAUGGAGGCUGGACGGUGAUCCAGAAUCGUUUCAACGGCUCCGUGGACUUCUACCGAGGCUGGAAGGCCUACGAGGAAGGAUUCGGUGAUCUUGAAGGCGAAUUCUGGUUCGGAUUGGAGAAAAUUCAUGAGCUCACCUUUUUCAAGCGGCACGAGUUGCACGUGCUUUUGGAGGACUUCGAGGGUAAUUUCAAGGUGGCAAAAUACGACGACUUCCGGGUGGCCGAUCAGUCGAAAAAGUACACACUGGAGAGCCUCGGAAAGUACAGCGGAACAGCAGGGGACUCGCUUGAUUAUCAGCGCGGUCAAAAGUUUAGCACUUUUGAUUCAGACAAUGAUCAACGUGAAAUAAAUUGUGCAGAAGAACGCGGUGGCGGUUGGUGGCACAAUGCUUGCGUUCUUAGCAAUAUCAACGGAAAGUAUGUCAGUAAGGGUGUGGUCAGCGAUAAGAAAAGAAUGUUCUGGUACAAUGUAAAUGACUCCGGCAAUGAUUCGCUCAAAAGCUCACGAAUGAUUAUUCGGGUGAAGGUUUAGUUGACAACGUUAUCCCCAGAUGCAUUCCCUCUGAAAGUAUCCUUACCCCAUAAAAAAUGACCGUAAGGAAAAUUACUCAAAGUGUUAAAUAAUAAUACAGUUAUUACUAAUAUAACUAAUAUAAUAUAAACUAAUACUUAUAUAAGAAAAAAAAGUGUUAUUGAUUAUAUAAUAUUAUGAUAUUAUAUAAUUUAAUAAACAUGGAGAGAUUUUGUCUAAGUACCAUUUCAAUGUUCCACUAGCUUAAAACGAACACAAACACAUACAGGAUAAAAGUUCAAUAAAAUGCAUUUAUCUCGCGUGAGCAUUCAUUACGUCAUAUUAAACAUCUUGAGAAUUUUAAAAAAAC